CUUAAUCAACAAGAACACAAGAAAUCCUUGUCGGCGCGUGGGAGAAAAAAAACUGCAAUAAGAGAGAGAAAAUUAUAAAUACACACUUGAAAUUUUUAAGACAGAGAAGUUAAUUCAAUUUCUGUGUUUUCGAAGGGCCUUCUUUGCAAAUAUUCUCGCAAUUUCGCAAACCCUAAUUUUUUCUCUCUCUCUCCUCGACGGCCUCCUUCGGCCCCUUUUCUCUCUCUCCAAAAAAAAAAAAAUCCCCAAAUUCACAAAAACCCCUUUCUUCAAUUGCUUAGGUGAAUCUUCAUCAAUCAAAGAUUAAGGGUUAAGGGUUUUCAUGAAAUCCCAUCCAAUUUCAAAUCCAAAACCCUAAUUUUUUUUUUCAGACCCUUAAAGUUGGAAUCUUGUUCGAAGGGAUUGAAGAAUUUAGGGUUUUUGAGAGGUGUCAAAAGUUUUUAGGGGUUUUGGAAAAAUUAAGGAAGCAAACCGUACAUGUAUGGCGUCGGAGACUUUAGGAGCUGAUGAGCUUCCUAGGGAAAGACAUCGUUGGAGUGAGAAUUAUAAGGUUUAUGCUCGAAAGUAUAAAAAUAACAUCAAGAAAAACAAUGAUGUUGUCAAAAAUCUUGAUGAUUCCACCACCACAACUUCUGCCGCUGCUGCCCCUGUCGAAAGCCGUGAAAAUGAGAACACCGUCACUGCCACCAACAACAUCGAUAACGAGGCGGUGAAUGAUAAUAACGUCGAAAAUGAUCGUGUUGACCACGGUAAUGGUAAUGGUGUUGCGGCUAUUAACAACAGUAGCUGCAGCAACAGCAGUCAGAAUGUAGACAACAAUGGUAAGGAGGAUGAUAAUGAGAAGAAUGGUGAGGAUGGUCAGGAAAACGUGUCCUUGCCGCCUGAAUUGCCGGCUGAGGGAGCAAAUUCCUCGCAACCCCAGCAGAAUUCACCGCGGUUGGGGACUUUGUCGGGGGAUUCAUCGAGUCUUAAUCGAGAUGAGGCAGCACCUGUUCCAAAUGGGCAUGAUGGAAAUUUGGAAAAUGGGGUGGUGCUAAGACCGUUGGUUACUCAAGUAGAUGAUAGGUUGAGUAUUAGUGUUUCGGCUGCUAGGUCGAAAGAGGAGGUUAAAGGUUUGAAAAGGAAGUUGGUGGAUGAGCUUGAUCAAGUUAGGAAAAUGGCGAAGAAACUUGAGGACAAGGAGAAUCAGCUUAGUACGUAUUCGAGUAUGGGUGUUGAAACAACACCUCCUGUUGUUGGGCGCUUGCAUUUUCCGGUUAAUGGUGGAGUUGAAAAGGGGGUGGGUGGUAGUAUAAGAAUGCAUUCAGAAGCGGGUUCUGCUGGUUAUCGUGAUUCGAGGUCAUUCAGGCAACUGUCAGUUUCUGUGAUGGAUAACAAUAACCAUGGAGUUGGAGGUGAGAUUGUUGAGAAAGAAAAGAGGACUCCCAAGGCGAAUCAAUACUAUCGAAAUUCAGAGUUCCUUCUGGGUAAAGAUAGGCUCCCACCUGCUGAGAGUAAUCGGAAGUCAAAAUCAAGUGGUGGUAAGAAGCAUGGGGGAGGAGAAAUGGAUUUUGCUUACAGAAUUGAUAAGAAAAUUUUUAGCAAAUGUAGCAGCUUGCUGCAGAAGAUAAUGAACCACAAGCAUGGGUGGGUGUUUAAUCAACCUGUGGAUGUGAAGAGGCUUGGUCUCCGUGAUUAUUUCGAUAUUAUAAAGCAUCCAAUGGAUUUGGGUACAGUGAAGGGUAGGUUGACCAAGAAUUGGUACAAAACUCCGAGGGAGUUUGCCGAGGAUGUAAGACUUACUUUUCAUAAUGCUCUAACCUAUAAUCCUCCUGGCCAGGAUGUUCAUAUCAUGGCUAGAGAGUUGCUAAAUGUUUUUGAAGAUAAGUGGCCUGCUAUUGAGAGUGAAUAUGAUCGUAAGUUAAGGUAUGAAAUGAUUCGUGAUUUGCCAACCCCGACAUCAAGGAAGACAUAUGCUCCUGCUCAUGUUUCAGUGCCUAUGUCCUUCGCUCCACCUCCGCUUCUUCACCCCCCUCCAACCAUUCAAGAGAUAAGAAAUUUGGAGAGGUCGCAAUCUAUGCCUGUUAGACCGGAAUCUAGGCCAAGGCCUGCAUAUUCGGCAGGAAGGAAGCCCGCUCCAAAGAAGCCUAAAGCCAAGGAUCCCCACAAAAGGGACAUGACCUUUGAGGAAAAGCAAAAGCUUAGCACUCAUCUUCAGAGCUUGCCUUCAGAGAAGCUUGAUGCUAUAGUGCAGAUCAUUAAGAAGAGGAAUUCAGCUCUAUCACAACAUGAUGAUGAGAUUGAAGUGGAUAUUGACAGUGUUGAUGCGGAGACACUUUGGGAGCUGGAUAGAUUUGUGACUAAUUACAAGAAGAGCCUAAGCAAGCAUAAGAGGAGAGCUGAACUUGCUCAGGCUAGAGCAGCAGCAGCGCAGGCUGUUCAAGAAACGAUUCAAGUUCCUGCAACUGUUGAAGUGCCUGGAGAAACCACAGCAGAUAAAGGAAAUGUUGCCGCUUCUCCUCCUGCUCAGCAAGAGAGGCGCAGUGAUAAUGAAAGUGGUUCAAGUAGCUCAAGCAGUUCUAGUAGUGAUUCGGGAUCUUCAAGUGAUUCAGAUAGCGAUAGCUCUUCUGGCUCUGAUUCAGAUGGAGGCCAUUAACAUAGGAUCUAAUGUUUUUUAAGUGUUAGGUAGUUAGAUGCAAAUGGUGCAUGCUGCAGUUGAUGGAUUGCCGAAUUGCCUUUGCAUUAUGAAGCCUUCCUUUUGAAGUUGCUGCCCAUCCUGGGGGAUUUCAGCUCGCCCUUUUUAUAUAGAACUUUUUUUUUAUUUGGUGGCUCUAUAAUACCUGUAUCAUAAUCUAUACAUUGGCAGUUUCAAGAUGCUGGUGUAGCAAUUGUAUAUUUUUCCCUAGAUUUUGCUACUCACAUUUCUGCCUAAGUAUGUGAUAGGCAAGCAUAUGACUAUACUUGAUUGUCACUGGCGUACAUAUAGGGUGGUCAGUUAAGGAUUCGCUGUAGGCGUGUAGGUGGUUAGGCUUGGAGUUGAAUUUCUAUCUUUGAAUUAGCUUUAGCUGUUGUACAGUUUAAUUUUGUUGUAUGAGGAUAGAUGGAAUUCUUUCAGUGCCUAGAUUGUUCGUCAGUUAUGCUCAUUUUCAGUUUAAAUCCA